GAUCAAAUCGGUCAAUUUGAUCAUCGCGUCGGGACUGUCUUUAAUGGACCUUUAUUGGGGUCACGAACUAAAAUUAAGAUAUUAAUAGCCAUCGAAAUGUCCUUUGAUUCGAUUAGCUCCAUUGGCUUGAUUCGUGCGGUCAAAUGUCAGUGCCAAGUCAGUACAUUUUAAAUGCCUCAAGUGUACGCGCGUUCAAUAGGUUGUAAUUUAUAUCUGUGCACAGUGGCUUAGUAAUAGUUGACGGAAUAAAAUUUCACUAAUUAGUAGCAGAACCCGCUUAAGAAGAUUUUUAAAGAACGACGCAAAAACGCGUCUUAAAUUACAAAGCGUAAUUACUAAUCGUAUAAAGUGGGCUAUUACGCGGGAAAUAACUUUCGAACUAAAACGAAAAAAAUUUGUGUAUUUAGUGUAUUUGCGAAGCAAACUAGAAAUGUAGGAAUCGCACUCGGCAUACAAUGGGCCAUCGAGCCGGCAUGGGAAACGUCACACAAUGUGUAUUCCUAUAAACAUAAAAUAUCGUUACCUAAGAGUCUUCGGUCGUCUCGUGUGGAGUGCGAGGAAGAAAAAAUAUAAGAAGUUUGGCGGCAAAGUGUCAUGGCGGCGAAGGCGGUGAUUGGAUUCAUUUUGCUCCGAGUCAUCUCAGCACAAGUCCUCUAUAACGUCACGACGCCCGGCAACGGAAUCUGCGGCACCAUACACUGCCGCACGUUGCCGUGUUUGCGCAGCAUCGACUCGUGCGUCACUAUAGUGGGAAACUUUACGUUUAUAUACUUCGGUCGGCCGGAGGAGGCCAUUUUUGAGAAUAUCACGUUCUGGAAUCUUAAGGAGAUCACGGGCUACAUGGCGAUAUACAUGGUCCCAGAGCUGGACUCCAUCGGGCAGCUGUUUCCGAGCCUGGCGCGCAUCCGCGGACGAGACCUGCUCCACGACUACGCGCUCAUCAUAUACGACAUGAACCAACUUACUGAGAUCAACCUAUACAGCCUGCUCAAGAUCGAUCGCGGCGGCGUGAUAAUCUAUGGCGGGCCAAAUACGUGUUACGUCGACACAGUGGAUUGGAAGAGCAUUGCGCCGCAUUACAGACACGUGCUCAGCCCGACCAGCAAUAACGUCGUGUGCAAGAAUAUUUGCAUGUGCACUGAUGAUGCUAGAUUUAACAACUGCUGGAAUAACAGGAAAUGUCAGCGGUACAUAGAAGGUCCAGAGGCGAUGACAUGCCACGAGCAAUGCCUCGGCUGUCGCCUGACCGAGGCUACGGACUGCACGCUGUGUCGCCACUACACGUACAAGAAACAGUGUGUGUCCAAAUGCCCAAAUAAUACAAUCAUCUUAGAAGAAAACCAAUACUGUAUCACAGAAGAAGAAUGCUUAAGCCUGAAGCGAUGGGUGUGGAAAAACAGAUGCGUGAUCGCAUGCCCGGACAACUACAUCCAGAAAAACAUAACGACUGACAAGGGUGACAAGGUUACCUGCGAAUAUUGUUCUACUUGUAAGGAGUAUUGCGGAAACAUCACUAUAUUAUCAUUGGGAAGUAUUCAAGCAGCCCAUCGAUGCGUAUACAUCAACGGAUCUCUAACUAUCCACAUACCAGCCGUGCCAGAAGUCCUUGAAGAAAUGAAAAUACAUCUCAGCAAAAUACAAGAAGUGUUCCAUUAUAUCGCCAUACACGACUCACUAUCACUAGCAAGGAUCGAUUUCCUCCCUUCCCUUAAACGUAUUCACGGCAAAAUACUUAAAGACAAUAAAUACAGCCUUUUGAUCCGCGAUAAUCCAAAUCUACAAACAAUUUUUCUUCCUAAUGUAACAGAAAAUCUCCAAAUAGAUAAAGGCUCUAUAAACAUUCUUCGUAAUCCAAUGCUAUGCAUGAGUGAAUUGGAUAAAAUAAAGAAAACAUUUCCACAACUGUUUAACGGUACAGAGGAUAAGCCAUAUGGCUACGGCUUAAAUGCAUACACUGGGUGUGAAGAGGUCCCACUUGGCGUAAAUGUAAAACAAGUCAACCAAACAUCUGCAAUCGUCAACUUCACACCCCUGUUUAGUAAUAAUAUGCACUAUACUAUUCUUUACGUGCGCAUCCCACCAGGGGAAUCUACAUCAAUCGUUCCUGAGAUUUGUAGCAAAUAUGAGUGGCGUGCUAUUAAAGCUCCUGACAACACCAAUCGAGUACAACUCACGAAUCUCCGACCAGCUUCCACAUACCUUGUUUGUAUUGAAUCAUAUGACCUCGAGGAGAAACACCUUAAACGUAGUUCCAUUCUCAAUUUUACUACGACUGUUGGGAAACCAGAACCACCAUUUUUAAUGGAACUCGUAGCGGAUAACCCUCACUUAGUCGUCCUUCAUUGGGCGGAUCAUGUGGAUUACCUUCCUCAUAUCACACGAUAUGAGCUCAGUGUCACGCUUGUAGAAAUAUACCCCGAAGAUGUUACAGCAAGAAAUCAAUGUGAGCAUUUAGAUGAUGCAUUGGAGGAGCUGGAUGAAAUCUGGCAACAUGCGGUGGUUAUGAGACCACCACCUAAUUACGGUAAAGGCUGCGAAUCGAUGUGUGGUAUGCUAUCGAGCACCCCUCAUGGUGCUAUGGUAGAAGAAGAUUUUGACAUCUGCAGUUCCAUUGGAUCUGCGUGCAACGAAGUAGAAGAGCUACCAGUGACUAAUACUUCUUUGGGCUACUUCGUCCGGACGUUGUCUUUAAAUAUCAGUGCGCCAAGAAACGCUUACCAGGUCGGAGACUUGGCUCCGUACAGGGAUUAUAGGUUUCGAUUACGCGCCUGUACAAAGGACUUUUGCAGCAGAUCGACUAGAGGCGUGGUGAGGACUUUACCUUCGAAGAAUGCUGAUAUGCCUUCUAUCAGCACCAUCGAGCUGAUUAAGCCUGGACUUAUAUCAGUCUCUUGGACACCACCAAAAGUAUCUAACGGUCCUGUACUAGCGUAUAUAUUGAAAAUAAUGCCUGAUAAAAAUGUGAGUGACUUGGGUACACUACAAACUCAAAGGUUGUGCGUACCCUCAAUUCAGACAACGGCAGUUGUACAAUUUGAGAAAGACCAAAACUACACUGUUCAAGUAUGCUCAUUGACACUAGCAUCUCAGUCUGGGUGCACUGGAAGAAAAAAGAUGUCUGGAAGAGAGUAUUUUCUUGAAUUCACAUCUUCAUUUCACUCACCUGAUUUGACGUGGGCAGGAGUGUUUUUUGCUGUUUGUCUGUGCAUGUUGUCUGUACUAGUCGGGUUUUUGUGGACGACGUGCCGAGUACGGAGUGACACUGUACCUCUUGUGGACAUAACUUCGAGUUAUCGGACUGAUAGUGAGCCUCCAAUAUUUUCCUUAUUAGAUUUUACGCCUUCGUUACACGUGUCUCGGACAGAUUUAAUUGAUAGUUAAAUAAUAAUAAGGUCAUACUGCAUUUAAGAGAGAAGUAUUCCACGUGAUCGCCCAUAUAAAAGGAGAAAACAUUUUUCCACUUCUAAAUAUAUCCUGAAAGGAUCGACAUCAAAAUCAAAGUGAUUUGUUAAGAUUUGGUUAGUGGAAAACGAUUUCUCCCGAAAUGGAAUUUCAUUGAUAAAUUACCGUUAUUUCGUUAGAUUCGAAAAGCUAUUUUUCCCUCUUAAGCUAUUUUAAUAUUGUAUUAAAAAUUGCAUUAAUUUAUGACGUUAUACUGAAACAAAUAUUUGUUUUGAUUGAAUUGUUACAUAUAUAAAUUAAAUAAAAAAUAGUACUCACAGGAUUACAUUGUAAUUAAAGUUAUAUACUUCACUUAGUAAUUUUGACAUUAUUAGUUUAUUCUCUUGGUCUAUUGACAUUUUGAGUUUUCACACGACAAGGUCGCUUCUAGGUAUUGACUUUUUAAACUUCUUACCUAUACAUUUUUGAGUAUUUGACAUUUGACGAAUGACAAACAACAAGAUAUGACCUAUUGAUUAUAGACGUAGGGGGUAAAUGCUAAAAAAAUAACUAAAACCGAAUUGACAUUAUAUAUGUUAUUUAGUAUAUAGUCUUUUGUAGACAAAACAAGAACAACUUCCGCUAAAUUUGUUCCUUGUAAGUAUAUUAUAGUAAUUUACAGUAUAUAUGGUGCUACUUUACCGCACUAGUGCGAAAAUUAGCAUAUUACGUUACUGUGUCGAACAUUUAAAGGGCCAUAUGUACUGUAAAACGUUGUACGAUACAUGUGCGAAUAGGUAAUUCACAACUCGUGCCGAUUUAAAACACUCCCUUCGGUCGUGUUUUAAUUUAUCGCCACUCCUUUCGAUUUUCCUAUUUUUCGCACUUGUAUCGUAAUGUACUAUUACGACACAAGUGCGGCGAGUCGGAAAUUCUCAACGAGUGGCGAUAAAUUAAAACACGACCGAAGGGAAUGUUGUACAUUGACACGAGUUGCGAAUUACCUAUUCGCACGUGUAUCGAUGUUAUACAGUACAUAUGGGCCUUUAAACUUUCCCGCCCGAAAGUGCUCAUUCCCGCACUAGUGUGGGAUAUGUAUUGUAAAAUUUAAUUAAGCUUAACAAGUAAACCAGUGAUGAAAGCCAAAGACGGAAAACGUUAUAAAAAGAAUUUUAAUAGAAAUAAAAGUGUAUUUUUUAUAAUCCUU